AUGGCAAUCAAGCAACGACAGGACCUCAACACAGGCUGGAAAUGGCGACUCGCCAACGCCAACGGCGAGGCCAAAGCCGACGAAUCUCUGAAAAGCUGGACGCCGGUUCAGUCUUUCCCGUCUGUGAUCCAGAUGGAGCUCCUGGCGCAUAAAAUCAUUCCGGACCCCAACGUCGGAGAGAAUGAACGACAGAUUCAAUGGGCUGGCCGUGCCGAUUGGGAGUAUUCUUGCACAUUCCCAACUCCCGAAGGCUCGACAUUCAAUGAUUUGGUGCUGGAGGGACUCGACACAUUUGCCACGGUGACACUCAAUGGCCGAGAGAUCCUAAAGAGUGACAACAUGUUCAUUCCGCACCGGGUAGAGGUCACGUCUUUCUUGAAGCCGGUCAAGCAAGACAAUGAACUGUCCAUAGUCUUUGAAAGCGCCUGGAAGAAAGGAACCGAGCUCGAGGCGAAGUUUGGUCCGCGGAAGACCUGGAUGCGCGAUAGGAGGAGAAUGCAUACGCGCAAGGCUCAGUAUCACUUUGGCUGGGAUUGGGGCCCGACUGUCUUGACGUCUGGACCGUACAUGCCCGUCUAUCUGGAGACGUAUUCGGCAAGAAUCGACAAUGUGCAUGUCACCUCUGACCUGGCGGAGGACCACUCGACGGCUACAGUUUCGAUUGCCGUAACCGCUGCUGGACCCUCGGCAAAGACGGUGCGUGUCAAGAUCCUUGAUUCGGCCUCGUCAGCAGUGUGCAGCAACCUCGACAUUCCGCUGGACGAGUCGAAAAAUGGUUCGGCCACAGUUGAAAUCCGCAACCCGCAGCUCUGGUGGCCCAAUGGCCAAGGCGCGCAACAUCUGUACACCCUUUCGGCAUCUCUUCUGGAUGAAUCGUCGUCGGAACUCGACAGCUCUACCACCCGAUUCGGCAUCCGCACCAUCAAAGUGAUCCAGCGGCCUCUGGACAAUGCGCCGGGCAAGACGUUCAUGUUCAACGUCAAUGGCCGCGACAUCUUCGCACAAGGCGGCAAUUGGAUCCCAACAGACAUGUUGCUCCCGACGGUCACGCGAGAGCGAUACUUCAGCUGGAUCCGACUGGCCAAACUGCACCACUUGAACAUGAUCCGGGUCUGGGGCGGCGGGAUCUACGAGACGGACGACUUCCUGGACGCCUGCGACGAGAUGGGCCUCCUCGUGUGGCACGACUAUGCACUCGCGUGUGGCGACUACCCCGUAUACCAAGACUUCCUCGACAGCAUGCAGGCGGAGGCGGAGGCGCAGACGGUGCGCAUGCGCAACCACGCCUCGCUGGCGCUGCUGUGCGGGAGCAACGAGGAUUUCAUGUUCUUCGACUUCUUCGGCAGUCCCUACGACUUUUCGGACCACGACGGACCCUUUCCCGACGACGGCCCGUUCCCUCAGCGGAAGAUCUAUCUACAGUUACUGCCGGACGUGUGCAAGAAGCUGUGUCCGGAGAUCCAAUACUGGCCGUCCUCGCCCUGGGGCGAUUCCGGCGCCGGCCGCUCCAAUGACGUGACGGUCGGCGACAUACACCAGUGGGAAGUCUGGCAUGGCGAGCAGAAGCCGUACCAGGAAUACGGGGCUCUCUCCGGCCGCUUCGUGUCGGAGUUCGGCAUGCAUGGGUUCCCCAUCAUGCGCACCGUCGACGUGUUUGCGCCCGAGCCCAAGGACCGGUUCCCGCAGUCGCGCGUGAUCGAUUGUCACAACAAAGGCCACGGCGCGGAAACCCGGAUCGCGCGGUACAUGGCGCAGAACUUCCGCUAUGACAUGGACUUCGAGAACUAUAUCUACUGCUCGUACCUGUUGCAGAGUGAGGCGCUCGGGUAUGCGCUGCGCGACUGGAAGCGCAAGUUCGGCGGCAAGGGCAAGGAAGAGUGCGCCGGCGCCCUGAUCUGGCAGUUCAACGACGUCUAUCCGUGCACGAGCUGGGCGUAUGUCGACUACUUCCUCCGUCCGAAGCCCGCGUUCUACUCGAUCCGGCGCAACUUUGCGCCCAUCAGUGUCGGCCUGGAGCGGACGCCGAACACGAGAUGGAUCGAUGAGGACAACCCGCGAGACUCGGAGAUUCCGCGCUUCACGGUCUUCGCUCAUAACACGACUGCACAAGAGGUGCAGUGUGCUUUGCAGCUUAAGGCGUAUGAUUUCUAUACAGGAGCGUGGACGGAGGUCAACCUGGAAGGAAUCGCUUCCGAGGCGGUCUUACUUGCAGGCCAGAAUACUGAGUUGGGGGCAGUGAGUCCGCAUCCGUCUUGGACUGAGGACAGUUUGAUUAUCUUGGAGGCGAGUCUACUUGAUACAACGACCGGGAAGGUGUUGGCGAGGUUUGUCGACUGGCCUGAGCCGUAUCGCUACUUGCUCUGGCCGGCAGAUACUACCGUCACUAUCUCGGUCGAGGGGGUUGCUGGGAACCAAAAUAGUGGGGCGGCGGCGGAUGGGGACGAUGAUCAAUUCGAACAUCUCGUCACAGUCGUUGCGAACAGGCCGGUCAAGGGGUGCUGGCUGGAGCCGGUAUAUGACGGCACCGAGACAGAAGACGAGCCGGAGCCGUUCUGGGAGGACAACAUGUUUGAUUUGCUACCUGGGCAGGAGUUCAAGGUUGGUGUCAAUGGUCUGAGAGGGAGGAAGGUCAAAGCACGCUUCUUGGGAGACUGGGAGGUGAAGAACCCAAUAGUAGCGAAGUAG